AACGCAACUUUGACUAUUUCCCGAGACGUCUUGUGACAGCAGGAAAAGAGGAGUGAUAACAAAUUGAGGAUGCUGUGACUGCACUCACUCUUUAUACUUCUUUAAUCUGCAUAGUUUCCCGAGCCAUAAUGGCUUCGAUUAUUAAAGAAACACAGAGUAUAAAGGAAGCAGUGACUCUCAUAAAUGGCAUAGACGUCAACAAGUUCUCCAGACUGAUAUCCCGCAUCACGCAAAAGCUUCACCUCAAGGGUGAAAAGACAUUCAGUGAGGAAGAGGAGCAAAAACUUCUCUCUGCUCUUUCACUGGACAAGCAAUCUCUAAAUUUAGUCCUGGAAACGUCUGCUUUCAUUCUUGAGCAGGCGCUGUAUCAUAAUAUCAAACCGGCAUCUCUGCAGAAGCAGCUUCAGGCAAUUCAUGUAAACCCCGUGAAGGCUGAGGUGUUCUCUCAAACGUGGUCCACCUCUGGCCCCGAGCUGGUGGACCGACUAAAGCACAAUAUCUUUGCCCCCAAGAAGCUGGAUUUUGUUGGAUGGCAGUUGAACCUACAGAUGGCCCAGUCCAGCCAGGCCAGGCUCAAGUCCCCCAGUGCUGUACUCCAACUGGGCCUCCACAAUGAAGACUCUAAGGCUCAGGAAAAUGUAUUUGUUGAGUUCAACCACCAGGAGUUGCUUGAGUUCUACAACAAGCUUGAAAUCGUACAAGGCCAAUUGGAUUCCCUGGCUUGAUCUUUGUUAAAAAAAAUAAAAAAACACACACAAUCUCACACACUUACACGGCACACUUUAGUUGUGUUUGGCUGACAGCUUAGAGGAUGUUUGUAAAAAAUACACACAAGCCCUUUUGAAAACAAUACAUCUUUUUUUCUUUACUAAAAGGAAGUCUGAUUGUGUGUGUCACAUUUUCAUCUGCAGGCUGUUGGAAGAAUGUAGGUUUUGCCAAUAAAGCUUCUUAAAUAAGU